GAGAACUAUGGUUUUGAAAAGAUUGAGGUACGAGAUAAUGGUGAUGGGAUUAAGGCAAUUGAUGUUCCCGUGAUGGCAAUGAAGCACUACACAUCAAAAAUAAGUUCUUCUGAGGACCUUGAAAGUUUGAGCACGUAUGGUUUUCGUGGUGAAGCUCUGGGCUCCAUUUGUAGCAUAUCACAGGUUUCUGUUACAACAAGGACAGCUGCUGAUGAUUUUAGCACCCAGUACAAUUUUGAUGGAAGUGGUCAUAUAAUUUCUCAGAAGCCAUCUCAUCUUGGAACAGGGACAACUGUAACAGUUCAAAAGCUGUUCAAGAAUCUGCCUGUAAGAAAACAGUUUUAUUCUACAGAUAAGAAAUGUAAGGAAGAAAUAAAAAAAGCUCAGAAGCUGUUGAUGGCCUAUGGCAUUAUAAAACCAGAACUGAGGAUAAUGUUUACGCAUAAUAAGGUAAUAAAUUUAUUAAAUUGCUGCUUCUCAUAAUAAAAAUCUGCUUUU